AUGGUACGAAAAGGUAAAGGCAAAUUUCCCAUCAAGCAGCCAAAUAGACCAUCACCUGUUGCAAAUGUCGGGAAGAUAGGUUCGCUUAUGAGAUAUCCAGAUAGAGAUUACGCAAAUUCCCUACUACAUGACGCGGUCAAACAACUAGCACCACUUAUUCACGAGUACAAUUUCAAGGUAGAACUACUAUGUGAGAUGUUUCCGAAAAGUGAAAACCUACUAGGUUUAAAUGUCAAUAAGGGGCGAAAGAUUAUGCUAAGACUCCGACACCAUCACAAUGAGAGACUGUUUUUGCCAAUGAGCGAUAUUCUUGGGACCUUUUUGCAUGAGCUAACACACAACGUCCAUGGAGCUCAUGAUAAGAACUUUUAUGACUACUUGUCAAAGUUGGAGAAGAGAUUUGAUGAGAUCAGGUACGGUAAUGUGCAUUCCAAUUACAGAUGUGAGGAGAACAGACUCGGGUUUGGAAGACUACAAUCAGGCGUGGUUGACGUAAGGGCUAAAAGAAUUGCCACAUUGAGCAAAACUGGUUUCAAAGCAGAAACAAAAGUUUUGGGACUGGCUUCUGCUAUCCAUAAACCAAGAACUCCAACUCCUCGUGAAGCGAGGUUGGGAGCGGCCCUUCGUCGAUUAGAGGACUCGAAACACUGUCAUUCCGAUCGUGAUCAGCAAAGCGAAGCUCCAGAUGAAAAGGAUCUAAACAUUGUAGAGCUAGAUGAAGAUUUUGAAAUUGAUAGUGACUCCGAUGUGGAAGUUGUUGAAGUUGUUGAAGUUGCACGGAAAGAUGGAGCUGAAGAUCGUGGAUGCAAUGAUUCAAAGGAGAUUAUUGUUAUUGACUAG